AUGGAUAGCUCCCAUGACCUCCCCGAAGUACCUCGAUCGGAACCUGUCUUUCCUGCCUCGUCAUCACAGGAGUUUCCUUCAUCUCCACCGUCAAUAGCAUCAGACGCUGGCAUGCGACGCAAACCUAAGAAGCCUCCACCAGUCACACCACGGUCUUUCCGGCGGUUCUUUACUCCUCGUUCGAUGCUGAACGGCGGAAAUGGCGCGGGAACGGUUAGGACGAAUCGGCAGGCGUUGAAGGUGCUCAGCUCACCAGCUGUCAACCGUCUGGAUCUCAUGCGGACUCCAAGCAGGAAGCGGAAAUUAUCCUUCUCCUCUGUCGGUUCUCCGCUACAGUCGUCGCCAUUGCGGAAAGUUCGUGUCAGGUUUCCUGUUGACGAUGAAGAGGAGUUGAGCCUCUCAGUUAAGGAUAUCAAGGCUGGCAAUGACGCACAAGAUCUUGAAAAUAAACCUGCAAUGCCUAGCAAGCUAUUGCUUCCCAUUGCGCCUAUUCGGCGGUCACACGCGCUCCAGACAUCCGGAGGGCUUUACAUGCGAAGCGUCUCUGGACCACGGGCCAAUCGAGUCACAAUACGAUCCAAUGCCGGGGCUGGAUGGCAGGAUUUGACCUCCACGUUCUACUCUCGAUCGACCGACAGCCAUUCCUGCGCGAGCUACACUGGGGACCGUCUCGCUCUCCCUUUCUGCACUGCAACAUGUAAUACGAAUUCACUUGUUGCGGUAGGCGAUGAAGAAGGAGGCAUUCGAUUACUUGACUCCGCCAAAGACGACAAAAGCGGCUUUUCCAAGGCGUACCUAACGUUUCGUCCACACAUGAACGCAAUAAUGGAUCUUGAAUUCUCGUCCGAUGAUAUGCUACUGGCAACAGCUUCUGGAGACCAAACCGCACUGGUGAUUGAUAUGGCUACGCAGAAACCGAUAUACUGUCUGUCAAACCAUGUAUCCUCAGUGAAGCGCGUUCAAUUCCAACCAGCGGCGAAUAACAAAGUCCUUGCAACUUGCAGCCGGGAUGGAAAUGUCAGCAUCUGGGAUCUUCGGUGCAAAGGCUUCGAGAAGCCAUCUUUACAGGUCCGGUGCUCGCUGGAAUCUGAUUCAGACAAUUCGUCGUCGCCUCUGGCUUCCAAGAUGAUUUAUCCCCAAGUCCUUAAUACAAUACAUGGAGCCCACGCCUGGAUGCCCCAAACUUCGAUCUCCGAUAAAUCCGAACCCCAAAUUGGCCGCUCCGACAUCACGGUAACCUCGUUGACUUUUCUUUCCCCCGGCCGCGAAAAUCUCUUCGUGACAGCGUCGGAGGCCAAUGCAUGCGUGAGACUCUGGGAUUUGCGUACCGCACACAGCAACCGUCGUGGUCGCCCUGUCCUUCCUCUUUCGACAACUCGUGAACCGGAUAGCCACAUUAAAUAUAGGCGCUUUGGACUCACCUCACUGACACUCAAUGGGGAUGGUUCGCGGCUCUACACGCUCUGUAGGGAUGGCACUGUUUACGCAUACUCCACAUCCCACCUGGUACUUGGACAUGCACCCGAACUUUCGCUCUAUAACAAUCGCCCAAGACGCUCAGGUGGCUCUGACAAAGAAGGUUUGGGUCCAUUGUACGGCUUUCGCCAUCCGCGUUUGCAAGUGUCUUCAUUCUACGUCAAAGUCAGCGUCCGCAAAGCCGUUGCAGACAAAGCGGAAAUGUUAGCUGUUGGAAGCAGUGAUCAUUGUGCCGUCCUCUUCCCUACUGAUGAGAGGUUCCUUCAUUCUCCCGCCGAGAAACCGGCUGUAGAUUUGAAUCCCCAGUCGCCCGGGAUGCCAUUCACUCGCUCUGGCUUACGCCGCACUAAUUCAGCGGUUGGCUUGUCCGGACGACUGGAAGAUACCGUACCGAUCUACCAAUCCGGAACACCAUUGGUUGAGGGCCACAAGAAGGAGGUGUCAGCUGUCUCGUGGUCUGUGGAUGGGGAGCUAAUUACGGUCAGCGACGACUAUAGCGCCAGGUGUUGGCGCGAAGGGCCUGAUGCUCGAGAUCUACGAGUCGGCGGUGAGACGGAAGGUAGACGAUGGAAGUGUGGCUGGGCCGAGCUCGAAAAUCAAUAUGACGACAAUGAUGAAUGA